ACGAAUACAUAAAUUGCGAGCCGCGGAGUGUGUGAAUUCUUAAUGUCACUGCAUAAAAGAAAUAAUUAAGAAAAAAGGUGUAGUACAUCAGAAAUCGUACAUAAAGUUGGUGACUUCGUCACAAGAAAAAGGCUAAGGUAUAAUAAAAAGCUUCCGCUCCUGCUCAUGAGUAUUCAUAGAGAAGGAGCUGAACUUGAUCGAAUAACUGUCAAAAUUCACAAUAUGAAACGUAGCGCAUCUCGCUCACCAGGCAGAGGAAACCUUGUAAGAAAUUCGCGCAGCAUGGGCCGUGGCUACGAUAAUGGAGGAGGUGUGCCGGGUGAUUCGCCGGAACGGAUGUCGCCGGAACGUAUGCGUCGUCGCUUAGACCGUUCGCCAAGCCCGCGCGGUCGUUAUGGGUCUCCACAUCGAGAGCCUUAUAUGCGUGGUCCGCCUGCUGCAGAGCGUCCCGCUGGCUACAAAGUUUUGUGUGUGAGUGCUCUGCCUCCAAAGGCACCUGACGAGUUCAUCGAAGAGACACUCUACCGCGAAUACAAGAAAUUUGGGGAUUUCAGUGUGCGACUUGCGCACGAUCUGGACGAACGUGUUGCCUACGUGUGUUUUCGCACGCCGGAAGAUGCACGUGAAGCCAAGCAUCACAAGCCUCGGCUGAUCAUUUACGAUAAAAUGGCAAUUGUUGAGCCAGUUUAUAAGUCGACGACACGGCCGGAGUACAGACCCCGGCACUCGAUGUCGCCCCCGGACUAUGAACGGUACCAUUACUCGCGUUCGCCCAUGGGACCCGGUGUGCCAUUGGAUCAUCGUCGCCCUCCAAUUGAUCCCUAUGACCGUUAUGGUCCACCCAUUCAUCCGCAUUCUGUGCACCCACGUGAAUAUCGACCCAUGCACCAUGAGUACCCACAUCCACCACGGGGGCCACCAAUACAUCGUGGUCAUCCUCACGCCCAUCCCCAUCAUAUGCACGGCCAUCCACCGCCUCAUCAAUAUGCACCGAUGCGUCCUAUGGCCCCGCGGCCACAUGUGCCGUAUGAGAAGCCGGAAAGCAAAAAGGAUAAGUUUCCCAACUAUUUGCAUCAUGUGCAGCCAGAAGAUGAUCCACUGUCUACACGCACACUGUUCGCUGGCAAUCUGGAAGUGACCAUUGCUGAUGACGAGCUUCGUCGUAUUUUUGGUAAAUAUGGCGUAGUGGAUGACAUUGAUAUAAAGAGACCGCCGCCUGGCACUGGCAACGCGUUCGCCUUUGUGCGCUAUCAGAAUCUUGACAUGGCUCAUCGUGCCAAAAUCGAACUAUCUGGCCAGUAUAUAGGCAAGUUCCAAUGCAAGAUUGGUUAUGGCAAAGUAACGCCGGCCACACGAAUCUGGAUCGGCGGUCUCGGCGCCUGGACAUCGGUGACACAGCUGGAGCGUGAGUUUGAUCGCUUUGGUGCCAUCAAGAAGAUUGAAUACCAGAAGGGUGAGCCCUAUGCCUACAUACAAUACGAGACAGUGGAGGCUGCCACGGCGGCAGUCAAGGAGAUGCGUGGCUUCCCCCUUGGCGGCCCCGAGCGAAGGCUGCGCACUGACUUUGCGGAGCUGCCUGGUACUACGCCAACAGCUCCCUUCAAGACCUCGAAGCCGGCAUACGAUGAGGCUGCCAUCGAGUAUAGGAGACCCGAGUACGAUCCCUAUUAUGAGGAGGCGGCUGUGUAUGCUCCACGCGGUGGCUAUUCGCCAUAUCCACCUCGUGGCGGCUAUCGUGGACGCGGUAGUGGCUAUCGCGGACGUGGACGCGGCUUGUAUCACUAUCACAAUGAUGUGCACAGACCACCUCAUCCGAAUGUCAUGGGUGGUGUGUCGUCGGUGCCGCCACCAGGCGGUGCUGAUGAUGAAUGGCGUCGUCCGCCUGGAGAAUCGUAUGAACGGGCCCGUUCCGGUUCACGUGAGCCCGGAGUGGAACGAUCGCGCUCGCGAUCACCAUUGAAACGCUCACCCGGCUCUGAUUCAGACACCUCGACGCGGCGCAACGAUGCCCUUAGCUCGGCGGCCACAGUACUCGACGUUUCGCGCAAGUGCAGCACAAUUUGGACAGGCGCACUCAUACUGAAGAGUUCCUUAUUCCCGGCCAAGUUUCAUCUGACAGAUGGCGACACAGACAUUGUGGAAUCGUUGAUGCGUGAUGAGGAGGGCAAGCACAAUUUGCGCAUAACACAAAGGUUGCGACUGGAUCCGCCUAAGCUGGAGGAUGUACAGAAACGCAUUGCAUCCUCGUCAUCGCAUGCCAUAUUCUUGGGUCUGGCUGGUUCCACUGUGGACACAGAUUGCGACGAUGCCAGCGUGCAGACUCGUCCGUUGCGUAAUCUCGUCUCCUACUUAAAGCAAAAGGAAGCGGCUGGAGUUAUAUCGCUGUUGAACAAAGAGACCGAGGCCACGGGCGUGCUCUAUGCAUUCCCACCGUGUGACUUCUCCACGGACCUCUUGAAGCGUACAUGCCACAGUCUCACCGAGGAGGGUCUCAAGGAGGAUCAUCUGGUUAUUGUGGUUGUACGUGGCGGCACCGCCUAAACAAUGGACAAACUGCGGGCAAACUAAGCAACCCAUCGACCGGGUGGCUAUCGCUCGCAGUGCUGGGCAGGCACAUAAUCCCAAAGAGAUUUGUUGCCACGUAACAUAGAUGUCGUAGACUUACACAAAAAGUAUAUAUGCACAUACACAUACAUGCAAGUGUAUGCUCGUGUGUGUAUUGGUAGAAGCAUAAUUCAAUCAAUAGACAAUUGGAGUUACCUCUAACAGAAGCCAGUGACAACAGCAGCAGCAGGAGAAGGAAAAGAAGCAGACAUGCACACACAAUUAUAAUAUAUAGUCCUAUAUAUAUUUACCUUGCAUGUAUAUGAAUACGCAUUAAUCCAAAUAUUAUUAUUAUUCUUUUUACAGACCCACUCAAGCAAUCACAGAAAUAAUAUUAUUUAUGGUUGUUAUGCCUUACACAUGAUUCUGAUUCCUUGUGUAGUGAGAGUGUAAAAGUUUUUUAACCGUUCAA